CCUGGGAGCUAAACACUCAGGAACAAACAAAACAAAUAAUUAUUAACAAUGCAAGUGGCCAGUCAACCCAUUCAGUACGGAAAUCUGGGAGGACAGCAAGCGGAGCUGCUCCCCAUGGGGCCAUUCGGAUCGUAUGGCUCUGGCGAUCCCGAGGGUCAGCCGAAGAACAUUGGAUUCAACGAUGACAGCAUCCGACGUGGAUUCAUACGCAAGGUUUACCUCAUACUGAUGGCCCAACUGGUGGCCACCUUCGGAGCCGUCUCGAUCUUUGUGUUCAACGAUAACGUCAAGAUGUACGCCCUGCUGAAUGGAUGGGUGUUCUGGUUGGCGCUGCUGCUGAUGGUGGCCACGCUGCUGGGGCUGGUGUGCAGCGAGAGUCUGCGCCGCCAGACGCCGCAGAACUUCAUCUUCCUGGGCGGCUUCACCGUGGCUCAGUCCCUGCUGCUGGGCGUAUCGGCCUGUCGCUUUGCUCCCGCAGAGGUCCUGAUGGCUGUGGGCAUCACGGCUGCUGUCUGCCUGGCCCUCACAUUGUUCGCCAUGCAGACAAAGUACGACUUCACCAUGAUGGGUGGCCUGCUCAUCACACUGCUGGUGAUUCUCUUGAUCUUUGGCCUUGUGGCUGCGUUUGUGGGUGGCAGCACGCUCAUCACCCUCAUCUACGCCUCGGCCAGCGCCUUGCUGUUCUCCAUGUACCUGAUCUACGACACACAACUGAUGAUGGGUGGCCGCCACCGUUACUCCAUCAGUCCCGAGGAGUAUAUCUUUGCUGCCCUGAAUCUAUACCUGGACAUAAUCAACAUCUUCAUGGACAUUCUGGCCAUAAUUGGAGGCUCAGACAACUGACAGAAACAAUCAUCCAUUAACUGUAAACUGUUUAAAUAUGCUGCCAGCUUUUGGGUUUCAUAU